UUCAUUCGUUGCUCACUUCAUUUCGUUACUCUUGACAGCGCAGUUGGGUGUUGUGAAACGGUUUUGAGGUUAGCACAUGGGAGCUCUUGGAAUGUGUGGUUCAUUUUUAUGAGAAACAAUUCUAGACGUCGAUUAAGAUGUUUCGAUCGACGAGGUGUUUGAUCCUCGCGCUGCAUCGCGCGAAGGAUCGCAGUCUGCAUACUUGUGGCCAGCGACUAUCAGAAGUCACCGAAUAUGAAUCUCCAAUCACAGAAGAAUACAAGAAAGGUCCGAUGGAGGGUAGAGCUCUUUAUUUGGACGCUCAAGCCACUACUCCACUGGAUCCACGAGUGUUAGAUAAGAUGAUGCCAUACCUGACAGUAUAUCAUGGCAACCCACAUUCCAGAACUCACAUGUAUGGCUGGGAAACAGAAGCAGCAGUUGAGCAUGCCCGUCAGCAAAUUGCAGAUCUAAUCGGAGCAGAACAGAAGGAGAUAAUAUUUACAUCUGGAGCGACAGAGUGUAAUAACAUCGCCAUAAAAGGUGUAGCAAGGUUCUACAAAUCCAAGAAAAAUCACAUUGUGACGACCCAGACAGAACACAAGUGUGUAUUGGAUUCAUGUAGAGCUUUAGAAGCAGAAGAAUUUGACGUAACAUAUAUUUCUGUUAAAUCAAAUGGUCUUAUCGACCUUAGUGAAUUGGAAGCGGCUAUUAGACCAACCACAUCGCUGGUUUCUGUAAUGAUGGUAAAUAACGAGAUUGGCGUUAAGCAGCCCAUUGAAGAAAUUGGCACUAUUUGCAAGAAGAAAAAGGUAUUUUUUCAUACGGAUGCUGCCCAAGCUAUAGGCAAAGUACCAAUUGAUGUUAAUGCCAUGAAUAUCGAUCUUUUGUCUAUUAGUGGUCAUAAGUUAUAUGGCCCAAAAGGUAUUGGAGCCUUGUAUGUCAGAAGAAGGCCGCGGGUGCGCGUAGAGCCGAUCCAAAGCGGUGGUGGACAAGAGAGGGGGAUGAGAAGCGGUACGAUACCGGCACCCUUAGCUGUCGGGCUGGGUGCCGCUUGCGAGUUAGCGAAGACGGAAAUGGACUAUGAUCACAGAUACAUCAACACACUGUCGAAUCACCUAAUCGAAAAGAUAAUGUCGAAUUUGCCGCAAGUCGUGCGAAACGGUGAUCCCGUGGCUUGGUAUCCCGGCUGCGUAAAUCUGUCAUUUGCGUGCGUCGAGGGUGAGUCUUUAUUAAUGGCUUUAAAGAACGUGGCGUUGAGCAGUGGUUCGGCUUGCACCAGCGCAAGCUUGGAGCCCAGCUAUGUGCUAAGAGCGAUCGGUGCUUCAGAAGAUUUGGCCCAUUCCAGUAUCAGGUUCGGCAUCGGACGAUUUACAACGUUCGAAGAAAUCGAUUACACAGCGAAUAGUACGAUAGAGCAAGUGAAGCGGCUUCGGGAAAUGAGUCCGUUGUGGGAAAUGGUGCAGGAUGGUAUCGAUUUGAAGAGUAUCAAAUGGAGUCAGCACUAGUGCCUUUUGUUAUCGUGUAAUCUUUAUAAACUUAAGUAUACAUAAUAUGUAUAUUGAUGAAAUGUAGAAUGUAAUAUCGAUCGUAGAUCUUUAAUAGAUCAAGCCUAGUCGAUUAAGAUAUAAUUUCGCAGCGUGUAAUAAAUUUUCAUUCGA